AUGAUAAUUUCUAAAAUUUUGAAUUCUAAAUUUUUAUUUUUAAAAUCAAAUUUAAUCGAGAUAUUAUUCUAAUCAAAGUUCAAUAAUAUUAAUAAAAAAUAAAAAUGUCAACUUAGUCAUAGUUUACUUUUCAAAUUCAUAUCAUAGGCUCUACUUGGUAUCUUUAUUUAAUUAUUCUUACUUAGCAUUGGCAAAACAGCUAUAUCAUAACAAUAUUUAUAUUCUAAAAAUAAAAAAUCCACAAUCUUCACUCGGAAUAGAUAUUAAAAAAAAAUGUAAGUAUAAAUAAUCAAAUUGUGACUCUUUAGGUAAAAUUAAAAUUAACUUUAGAUAAGGGAUGGGCCAGGUCAUGA